CCCACAGCGCUCUACCACCCCACCGCCUGCACUGAAGCGGAUGAAAACAAACACUAACGAUGGCGGCGCCGGGCAGCGACUGGUUGCUGUCGUAGGGAGGGAGAGAUCGCUUGACGCGUGAAGGGGAAGCUCUGAAGAAAACCAGUCGACACCAGUCCGACAGCUUUUUUAGUUCUGGGAUCUCAGAACCUCGUUAGCGUGAGGUAUCUCUCUGCGACCUGUGCUGUCACUGCCGCCCGGGAGCGCGGAACCCUCAGCCGGGAGGUGCGGUUGGCCGGCCCCAGGCCCCGGCCUCCGGAAUGAGAGCCCGGAGUCACUCUAUGUGCCGUAGCUUCACAGGUUCCAGUAGGCAAUGGAAACUGAUCUCAGUUCCCAGGACAGAAAGGACCUGGACAAGUUUAUUAAGUUUUUUGCCCUCAAGACUGUCCAAGUGAUUGUCCAGGCUCGACUUGGAGAAAAGAUUUGCACCCGUUCAUCAUCUUCCCCGACGGGUUCAGAUUGGUUCAAUUUAGCAAUCAAAGAUAUCCCAGAAGUCACCCAUGAAGCAAAGAAGGCCCUGUCUGGGCAGCUGCCUGCUGUGGGGCGAUCUAUGUGUGUGGAGAUCUCACUCAAGACUUCUGAGGGAGAUUCCAUGGAGUUGGAAAUUUGGUGUCUUGAAAUGAAUGAAAAGUGUGACAAAGAAAUCAAAGUUUCCUACACUGUAUACAACCGAUUGUCACUGCUGCUGAAGUCUCUCCUUGCUAUUACGAGGGUGACACCAGCCUAUAGACUCUCCAGGAAGCAAGGGCAUGAAUAUGUAAUUUUGUACAGGAUUUAUUUUGGAGAAGUUCAACUGAAUGGCUUAGGAGAAGGCUUCCAGACAGUUCGUGUUGGAACAGUGGGCACCCCUGUGGGUACCCUCACUCUUUCCUGUGCUUAUAGAAUUAACUUGGCGUUCAUGUCCACCAGGCAAUUUGAGAGGACCCCACCUAUCAUGGGGAUUAUCAUUGAUCACUUUGUUGACCGUCCCUAUCCUAGCUCCUCUCCUAUGCACCCUUGCAAUUACAGAACUGCUGAGGAUGCUGGAGUCACAUACCCAUCAGUGGAAGACUCUCAGGAAGUGUGUACCACAUCUUUUUCCACAUCCCCUCCCUCCCAGUGUGUGUUUACUGUCACAAAGGCACAUUUUCAGACCCCUACUCCUGUGGUGACGGACACUCUGAGGGUCCCCAUGGCAGGACUGGCCUUUUCCCAUCAACUCUCAAGCUCUCGCCUUUCCUAUCAGCCUGCUGUCCUGGGCCUUGGAUCGGCUGACCUGGCUUAUCCAGUAGUGUUUACUGCUGGCUUAAACACUACACACGCUCACCAGCUGAUGGUUCCUGGGAAGGAAGGUGGGGUGCCUCUUGCUCCCAACCACCCUGCUCAUGGUGCCCAGGCUGAUCAGGAGAGACUGGUGGUGCACAUGCCUUCUGAUGGAACCCACUGUGCAGCCACACCCUCCAGCAGUGAGGACACUGAGACUGUAUCUAACAGCAGUGAAGGACGGGCCUCACCCCAUGACAUCUUGGAAACUAUCUUUGUCCGAAAAGUGGGAGCAUUUGUCAACAAACCCAUCAAUCAGGUGACUCUGACGAGUUUGGACAUACCCUUUGCCAUGUUUGCUCCCAAGAAUUUGGAGCUGGAGGAUGCAGAUCCUAUGGUGAACCCUCCAGACUCCCCAGAGACCACGUCUCCCCUCCAUGGCAGUCUGCACUCAGAUGGCUCCAGCGGGGGCAGCAGUGGCAAUGCACAUGAUGACUUUGUUAUGAUUGACUUUAAACCAGCUUUUUCUAAAGACGACAUUCUUCCAAUGGACUUGGGGACCUUUUACCGUGAAUUUCAGAAUCCCCCUCAGCUGAGCAGCCUCUCCAUAGAUUUUGGAGCUCAGUCUAUGGCAGAAGACUUGGACUCCUUACCAGAGAAGCUGGCUGUGCAUGAGAAGAAUGUCCGAGAAUUCGAUGCCUUCGUCGAAACCCUGCAGUAAAAGUGUCCCGAGUGUCUGCAGCAUCCCCUUUCUGUGGACUCAGCAGAGAACCUCGUCUUCCUCAGCUGCUCCCCAGCCUCCAUGCUGUUUCUAGCCAGGUGAAAGACAUGGUGGUUCCCCUAUGGGACUUAGAAGUCUCUGCUCUUGGACUUCCUGGACUCAUAGCAGCAGUCAGGCCCAAUGGCAGGCGUGGGAGGAGCUGGCUGUGGAGCUGGAAGCUGGCUGUAACAGCCUCAGCAAGGACUGUCCUCAGCACUUCACCAAGGGUGUCGCCUGUUCUUCCCUGCUGCCAGCCUCCUGCCUGGGUCUACCCGAGGCCAGCCCUACCUGCUUGUCCUUACCAUCAAUCACCUGACAUUCCAGCUGGUGGCUGGGACACUGGGCAAAGAAAAAAGAGGAAGAAAACCAAGGAGACCAAGCAAGUCGAAGGAGGGCCCUGUGCACCAAUAGCUCCUGGACCACCCCACUCUUCCUCCCUUCUUUUUCCCCUUCCUUCCCUCUAUCUUUACUCAUUCCCUUUUUCCCACCUUCUUUCUUCUCUUCAUCUCCUCCCCCCGCCUUCCAUUCCUUGCCUUCCUGGGUCUGUGAUUUUGAUGAUAUGAAAGGCCUAUCUGCCUAAAAUGACACCUAUUCCAAAGCUAGCCAUCAUCUCCCAAAGGCUGUACCAGCCUGUUUCUAGAAUUCGUUAUUGAGAGUCACAGAAAGGUUUUUUGGUUUUUUUUUUUUUUUUCUCGGAGCUGGGGACCGAACCCAGGGCCUUGCGCUUGCUAGGCAAGCGCUCUACCACUGAGCUAAAUCCCCAACCCCACAGAAAGGUUUUUUCCUCCUCAUUUUCCCUCGAUCGCUGCUGCGUGGAUAUAGAACAUGGUAAAUAUUUAUUACUGUCAGAGAAAUCAGAUAUUUUAUAAAAGAAGUAUGUUUGGGGUUAGCAGUUCUGCUGGGGAAGGAGGAGGGUUUCUUCUGGGCUGUAGGCCUCCCGUGAAGAUUACUCAGAACCUGUGCUACUGCUCUGAGGAUCUUCCUGUCAUACCUAAGGAGAGAUCAGCAAUGGGUCUGGCAAAGGCAAAGUAGCCCCCUCAAACUGUGUGUAUGGAACUGAGCAGGCAUCAGGCUUCCCGGCAUGCUGCAUGCUCCUGCCGAGCAUACUCUGUUGACACAGCAUCUGUAAUGUGACUGGCUCUGUUCUAGCAGCCCAGGAGGUCGCGGGUGUGUUCAGUGUGAGGACUCCUCAGAGGUGUGUUGCCCAUGGUGCCCAGAGGAGCACUGUAUAACCUGCUGCUCCAGCCCCUGAGCUGGAGCAGGACUAGGGAGCUCUUCCUCCAUCCCUCCCUCCCUCUAAUUCCAGAGUCUGUACAUGGCCCUGGGCUUACAAGCUGGAUUGGUUCCCUUUUGAGAAACCAAAGCUGAGCCUAUGGUUGACUUAAACCUUCAGGUAUUGUUGCUUGAGUCAGUCAAGUGCCUCUGCCAGCCUGUCCUGUUCUUGUCCCUGGAUCCUCACUGGCAGCAGCCGUUACGCAUUGGAGCAGGUGGCUCUCAACUGCUGUUAGUAAUCUGCAUGUAACACUGGAGCCUUUCCCCUGUGCAUGCUUUUGCUGCCACAGAGAAAUGUGCCCAGCAGUGGUGGCCAAGUGCCAUUGCAGCCUUUGGGUUAGGGGCACAUUCAUGGCCUACUGAACAGGAUUUACCCCCCAGGGCCAGCACUAAAAGGGGGGUGAGGGCACGGAUUCUUUUCAGGGCUCAGCCAGUGGCCUCUAGACAGCAGCCUUUAUGUCCCAGAUUCUUAGGAAAGAGGCCAGGGAAGCUGAGCGAAGCAUCUUUCAAGGUGACCUGUGCCCCUCAGUCCUACACAAUGGAAGAAACGGGCUCUAGACAACUCCCGCAGCCAAGCUCAGGCUGGGACCAGGUGGCUGUGAAGCCCCUCCUCCAGUGCUUUGUUAGGAAAUGAGAGCUACACUUGGAAAUAUAAUCAAGAGAUUUCCAAUAAAGUUUUCUGUACUUUAUA